AGAAAACGCGCAACACAACACAACACAACACACAGUUUCAAUUGCAUUUCUCUCUCUUUCUCUCAAUUUUCAUUUUCCGGGUUUUGAUUUGAGAUUCGUUGUUCCAAUGAGCGAUCACUUGGUGGUCUUCGUUGACCGUCUCGCGCGCCCUGUCCCUGUUGACCCUGUGGAGCAGCCGGCGCAGCUUCCUUCCGAGCCCUCUCCGCCUCCGGCCGCCGUGGAUGCCGCCGCUGGGACCUCGGGAACCGCCACGCCGGAGGAUGGCGACGUCGAGGGCGGCGAUGAGGAGGAGCCGCUGAUCCAGAUGGCCGAGUGCCGCAUCUGCCAGGAGGAGGACGGCGUUUCCAAUUUGGAGACGCCCUGCGCCUGUAGCGGAAGUCUUAAGUAUGCUCACAGGAAGUGUGUCCAGCACUGGUGUGAUGAGAAAGGAGACAUAACUUGUGAGAUAUGUCAUCAGCCUUAUCAACCUGGCUAUACUGCUCCACCACCUCGUCCUAAUCCUGAAGAAACUACUAUUGAUAUAGGAGGUGGCUGGACAAUAUCUGGCACCCCAUUGGACUUGCGUGAUCCCAGACUCUUGGCAAUUGCAGAGGCAGAACGUCAAUUCUUAGAUGCUGAAUAUGAUGAGUAUGCUGCUUCCAAUGCCAGUGGAGCUGCAUUUUGCCGCUCAGCUGCUUUAAUUUUGAUGGCCCUUUUACUCUUGCGGCAUGCACUUUCUGUCUCAGAUGGUGAUACUUCUGAUGAUGAUCCAUCCAAUUUUUUCUCCCUUUUCUUGCUUCGAGCUGCUGGAUUUUUAUUACCUUGCUACAUUAUGGCUUGGGCAAUCAGUAUUCUGCAGCGUCGGCGACAAAGACAAGAGGCUGCAGCACUAGCGGCAACCCAAGUUGCUUUUGUACUACAAUCUGGGCAGCGUAGAGGAUUACAGUUUGCAAUAGCACCAGGACCACCCACUGUACACCAGGAGCAAGUGUAAUUUGCAUGCUUUUAUUAUGAAUGAAUCCUUCCCAUGCUUUGUUGAAAUGCCGUGAAUUUUUACUUUGAUUUUCAGAGCUGUAAUGUAUAUACAUACUAGUGGUGGUAAAACGAUACUCGAAUUCAUUGGUAUCCAUUCAAUUUAUCUAUCUAUGAAUGUAACCGAAUCCAUCCAGUAACUCUGUAGCAAGAGAUUUAUAUGGAAAAUAACGAUUAAUGGUUUAAUCUCUCA